AGGGUGCGCAACAUCCCCCAGUGAAAAACAACAACAAUCCGAACUGCGGGGCUGGAAACAGAGAUGGCCCCGUGAAAAACGCAACACUUUUACUUCUUUUCCCCGUAAACAUUUCAAGUCCCGCUGCUAUUUUACCACAAACUUUAUAUGUCGACGGCGUCGAGUCCAUGAACCUGGCCAGUCUGAGCGGGGAUGCUGGCGGAAGCCAGCUUCUCUUCGCCAACUUUAACCAGGACAACACGUCCUUGGCUGUCGGCACCAAAUCAGGAUACAAGUUUUUCUCCUUGUCCUCUGUGGACAAACUGGAGCAGAUAUAUGAAUGUACUGACACGGAGGACGUCUGCAUUGUGGAGCGUCUGUUCUCCAGCAGCCUGGUGGCCAUCGUGAGCCUGAAGGCGCCCAGGAAGCUCAAAGUCUGUCACUUCAAGAAGGGAACCGAGAUCUGCAACUACUCGUAUUCCAACACCAUACUGGCUGUGAAACUUAACAGACAGAGGCUGAUUGUGUGUCUGGAAGAGUCGCUUUACAUUCACAACAUCCGAGACAUGAAAGUGCUGCACACUAUCAGAGAGACUCCGCCUAACCCGUCAGGACUUUGUGCUCUCUCCAUCAGCAACGAUAACUGUUACCUGGCGUAUCCCGGCAGCGCGACGAUAGGCGAGGUCCAGGUGUUCGACACGGUCAACCUGCGGGCGGCCAACAUGAUUCCAGCUCACGACAGCCCCUUAGCGGCUUUGGCGUUCGACGCCAGCGGCACCAAACUGGCCACCGCUUCAGAGAAGGGCACGGUCAUCCGCGUCUUCUCCAUCCCCGAGGGACAGAAGCUGUUUGAGUUCCGGCGGGGCGUCAAGAGGUGCGUGAGCAUCUGUUCGUUGGCGUUCAGCAUGGAAGGCCUGUACCUGUCUGCCUCCAGCAACACGGAGACGGUCCACAUCUUCAAAUUAGAGACGCAGAAGGAGAAGUAUGUGCCAGCUGAAGAGCCCACGACAUGGGGAGGCUACCUGGGGAAGGUCCUGAUGGCGUCCACCACCUAUCUGCCUUCUCAGGUCACAGAAAUGUUCACCCAGGGGCGAGCCUUCGCCACCGUGCGCCUGCCCUUCUGCGGCCACAAGAACAUCUGCGCCUUAGCUGUGAUCCAGAAGAUUCCCCGGCUCCUGGUGGCAGCCGCUGAUGGAUACCUGUAUCUGUAUAACUUGGACCCACAGGAGGGUGGGGAAUGCACGCUCAUGAAGCAGCACAGGCUAGACAGCAGUGCUGAUGCUCCCAAUGAGAUCCUAGAGCAGGGCUCACAUGAUCGCCCCCUUGUGGCCCAGACCUACAGUGCAGCCGUCACUAAAGGUUACUGCGAAGAACAAGGCGCAGUCGGGGGGUCGGGGCUUGAAGAGGACCUCAGCGACCUGCGCCUGGAGGAGGAGAACGAGCAGCCGCCGCUCAUCCUCGAAACCGACUGACCCGGCAGACGCCCGUAGCCCCGACGUUCAGAGGCCUCCUCUGGUGCUGCUGUAGAACACCAGACACGGGGAGGGGCGGCGGAGGGAUCAAAGAUUGGGGCGGGCGAGGUUGGGGGUUGGGGGGGGUGGGGGGGUCAAGAACCUGCCUUUCAGUCUGUCUGUGCGUCGUUCCGUCCACAUGUGAAUCAGUUUAUUUUCCUCCCGCCCCGUUCGCCCCUUAGUUUGCCUGUGCAGGCCACAAAUCUGGAGCUUUGCAUGUACAUGUGCCAACUGCUGCAACCGUGCUUCGCUGUGAACAUGAGCCCCCCCAAACCCCCCCACCCCCCCGCGAGCGUGGUCAGACAACAAUGUAGCCGUGUCUCGUUUCUUAUGUUGUUUUCUCGACACCGUAUAUAAAAGCAAGCACUGUGUAACAUUGAAAGCGAUCGUGUAAGUGCCUCUCUGUGUUUUUUUUUUUUUCUGAUCUCCGCCCGGACAGGGCAGGACGUAUUUUCGUUGCUUGGAGUAAAAUCCGUUCUCCCGUCGGCCAAUCAUGAUCCGGCUGCAAGACAUUUCCUGAUCCUUUCGCCCCGGCGCAGAAAGAGCGCGGCGUCCUUAUGGGGGAUGACCGAUUUAAGGGACGCGCGUCUGUGUGUGUUCGCCAUUGUACAAUAGCAAAACAUCUGCCCCCCCUUUUACCUCAUCCGAGCAGACCUCUCUGCCCUUCUCAGACCUGCACUCAUCAGUUGAUUUCUUUUUUUUCUUUUUUUAUGACUGAUAUUGUUGAUCGUUUUUAAAAAUCUUAACUAAUCAAACUCAAUGAAGUGUCGUGCGUAUGCGAACAUGCAUGUUGUUGUCGACGACGUGGUACUGUGCCCAUCCAUCGCAGACACAUGAGCCUCCCACCCCUUCCUCCUGCUCUGUAUCUCUACUCUGUACAUUACUAGAUGUGGUCAGAUAAUGCUGCCCCCUGGCGACUCUCAGUUCUCAGGGGGGGAGAAAGCGGAUGUUUGACCAUAAGAGGGAACAGUGGACUGUAACUUUGAUCUGAAGGUCAGACUGAGCCUCAUCAACUGGUCCAGGAAGCUGCAUGAUUCCCAGUUAAUCCUUUUAGCGUCUCUGGUGGGCCCUACAAAGGACCGGCCCUGGGAUUGUGGAGCGGCAGACAUUUUCUAAUGAUUUUGUACAAAAUGUAAGACGUUCAUCUGAAGCUAAAAUGAAAAUAAAAUUCUGUAUUGAUGUA